CCUCCGAUACACACUCCCUCCAAGUUCACUGCGGGGCAGAGCACAGAGUCACUGCCCGAUUCCGCCUCGACUCAUAUCUUUCACCCCUCCCCCUCCACGACAACUUGACUCCUCCCUCUUCCUUCUUCGUGAUCUUUGUGACGCGAACUCUUCUUCCGCCUUCCGCCUCGGUUGCGAUUUCUUUCGAUUCUCUUCCUCUUUUAGCCAAACACUACGCGAUAUCCCAACACAAUGUCCGAGGCAGCCCCCGCCGAGCCCUCCAAGAGCGCCCUGAAGAAGGCCGAGAAGCAGGCGCGCCUCGCCGCUGAGAAGGCUGCAAAGGCCGCCAAGCAGGCCAGCCUUCCCGUCGUUGGUGGCAAGAAGACCGACGACAUCAUCGGCAUCACCGUUUCCAAGGCCGAAAACUUCCCACAAUGGUACCAGGAGGUCGUCCUCAAGGCCGAGAUGGUCGAGUACUACCAGGAAAUCUCCGGCUUCUUCAUUCUUCGUCCCAUCUCCAUGCACAUCUGGAACGAGAUUCGCAAAUGGUUCCAGGCCAACAUCGAGGCCAUGGGUGUUGAGGAGACCAACUUCCCCAUGUUCCUGUCUGCCAAGUCUCUCGAGAAGGAGAAGGACCACGUCGAAGGCUUCGCCCCCGAGCUUGCUUGGGUGACCAAGGCCGGUGACAAGGACCUCGAGGUUCCCGUCGCGGUUCGUCCUACCUCGGAAGCCGUCAUGUACCCCUACUACAGCAAGUGGAUCCGCAGCCACCGAGAUCUUCCCUUCCGCCUCAACCAGUGGAACUCCGUCGUGCGCUGGGAGGCCAAGCAAACCACCCCUUUCCUCCGAACCCGAGAGUUCCUUUGGCAGGAGGGCCACACUGCUCACUUGACCGAGGAGCUUGCUGGCAAGGAGGUGUUGGAGAUUCUCGAGCUCUAUGCUGGCGUCUACGAGCAGCUGCUCGCCGUCCCCGUUGUUCGCGGCCGAAAGACCGAGAAUGAGAAGUUCGCUGGUGGAUACUACACCACCACUGUCGAAGGCUAUAUCCCAUCCAACGGCCGUGGUAUUCAGGGUGCCACCUCUCACGCCCUUGGCCAGAACUUCAGCAAGAUGUUCGACAUCACCGUCGAGGACCCUGCCAACAAGGGCUCUCACAUCCACGUCUGGCAAAACUCGUGGGGUCUUUCUACCCGUGUCAUCGGUGUCAUGGUCAUGAUCCACGGUGACGACAAGGGUCUGGUGCUCCCUCCCCGUGUCGCCAAGAUCCAGAGCGUCAUCAUCCCUGUCGGCAUCAACAAGAACACCACCCCUGAGGACCGCAAGAAGCACGAGGACCAGGUCGAUGCGAUCCGAUCCACCCUUAAGAUGGCCGGCGUCCGUGCCGAGUCUGACUGGCGAGAGGGCUACACUCCCGCCUGGAAAUUCAACGACUGGGAGCUCAGGGGUGUUCCUCUGCGACUCGAGUUCGGCCCCAAGGAUGCUGCCAAGGAGGUUGUCAGCUUUGCCCGACGUGAUACUGGUGAGAAGGGCAUCAUUCCCCUGGCGGAUAUCGCGACCAAGAUCCCCGAGCUUCUCGAGACGAUCCAGAAGGACAUGUACACCAAGGCCGAGAUUGCCUUCCGAGAGCACCGCAUUCAGAUUACCAAGUGGGAGGAGGUUCUCCCUGCCCUUGACAACAAGAACGUCGUCCUCAUCCCCUUCUGCGGAGAGCCCAAGUGUGAGGAGCGCAUCAAGGAGUUGACCACCCGAACCGAUGAUCAGCCCGAUGUCGCCGAGAACCAAAAGGCUGCCACCAUGGGCAUGAAGAGUCUCUGCGUUCCCUUCGAGCAGCCCGAGGGCAUUGUCGUUGGCGAGACCAAGUGCCUCAGCCCAGAGUGCGAGCGUAACGCGGACAAGUGGACCAUGUUUGGACGAAGCUACUAGAGGGCGUGAAAGGUGAUUUUCGGCGAGGAGCGAGAGGAGUUAGCCAGGCAUGUUUACGAUACUCCUGUGUGAUUGAUUACGGCCUGAUAUGACUAUGACAAGGAAAUGGGGCGGUGGGCGGUAUCUGGGCAAGGAAAUAAAAACGAUAUUAGAUCCAAGAGACGAAAAUAAAAC